AUGGAAGGCGCCCUGACUGCCAGGGACCGUGUUGGGAUCCAGGAUUUCGUCCUCCUGGAUGAAACCACAGAGGCGGCCUUCCUUAGCAACCUCAAGAAACGCUUCAGCAAAGAUCUCAUUUAUGUGAGUCAGAGAAGUGAGUUUUUAAUCGUGCUGCCAUCAGAUGUACUUUCUCAAUCAACUUAGUUAUUUUAAAUCUUUCUCCUAGACCUACAUCGGCACACUGCUUGUAUCCGUGAAUCCCUACAAAGACCUUGACAUCUACAACAAGAAACAGAUGGAUCUCUACAUGGGUGUUAACUUUUUUGAACUUCCGCCACACAUGUGAGAACAUCUUGAAUAUUUGACAUUGGAAAGCUCUCACUGGUGACUUGAAAUAACCGUUCAAAAAGCAAAAUCAUUGUCACUGCUUCUUUCAGCUAUGCCCUGGCAGAUAAUGCCUACCACACCAUGCUGACAGAGUUCAACAAUCACUUCAUUCUGAUCUCUGGAGAGAGCGGGGCAGGGAAGACCGAGGCCUCCAAGAAAAUCCUGCAGUAUUACGCUGUGAGCUGUCCCAGCACCACUCUGCUCAACACUGUCAGGGACAAAAUGCUCAUGUCCAACCCCGUCCUCGAGGUCUGAUACCUACUUAUGUGUAACACUGAAAUGAAACACAGGUCACUGUGUCAUUAAGUAGUUUGUGUUGUUUUCUCACAGGCUUUUGGCAAUGCAAAAACACUGAAGAAUGACAACUCAAGUCGUUUUGGGAAGUAUAUGGACAUUCAGUUUAACAGCGAGGUAAGAUUCAAGACACACAUUCAAAGAACUUUAGCUAAGAUGUAGAUACAUUUAUUUUCAAGUUGCGGUCCUGUAAGUCAACCUUAUUUCGAGUAACUAGGCGUGUAAAAGACAUUUUUAAACAUUUUCAAAAACUUAUGAGCAGCUGAAGGCUUUUUUUUUUUUCAAACUCCAAUAAUAUUUUUUCUUAAUUCUAGUCUGGUUUCAGCAAACAGCAUGGCCCUUAAAGUUUUCAUCCUUUUUAUAAAACCUUUCCAAAGCUUUCAACAUGAUGGACAUGCAUUACUCCUACAAAGACUGGUCAAAGUAGGGUUCUCUCAACAAGUGGUCAGUUAGUGUAAGAUUUACUACGCUGACAAGACGAGACUCAGUGUGUUGAGGCAGAAGUCUGCUCUUUAUAGCUUUUUUAAAGUAAUGAAAAGGAGUUCGCCAAGGGUAAGUGCUGGGACCACUGCUUUUUAUUUUUAUAUAAACAAUAUAAAUCAAAACGUGUCCAAUGCACACUUUAUUUUUAUGCAGAUGACACUGUAAUGUGCAUAUACACUUAAGGCCUCUUAUCAGAGCUGUGUAUAAUGAAGCACUGAAGUUUGUUACUAAUUUCAAAGCCCUCACUCAUCACUGUUUGCUGUAUGAAUGCAUCGGUUGGGCUUCCUUGUCCCAUGUGUAGAUCAAAACAUUCGGGAACUUACACUCUCAAAUCUAUGGACCUUUUCUUAUAUCCAUUUCCAAAGGUCAGAACUGAAUUGGGAAGAGAGGCGUUAAAACUUGCUGCUCUAUUUUCUUGGAAUUACCUAGAGAAUGAGCUGAAGCUAAAUUAACUGGUUUCAAUAAGCACAUUUAAGGCAUUUUUGAAUGACCCAGAGGCAGACACAUGUGACUUUAGGUGUGUUUCUUGAUGUACACAUGAUCUGAAUUGAAUGGGAGUUGAUAUGAGUUGAUACUCUUAGUAUGUAUUUAUGUAUGGCUGCUCUUUGUCAGAAACUGUGCAAACUGUGAUGUUGCCUAUUUAGGCCAGGACACUCUUGAAAAAAGACAUCUUAAUCUCAACUGUUUUUUUUUUUUUCAAAUUAUAUAAGAAGAUAGAAAUAUUUCAAAUGUGUCCACUGGACCAGAGGCCAUGUUUCUUCUGCAAGUUGUAGAGCUGCUGUCUUUAGGAUCAUGAUGCCCAUAGGGAGAUGCUGUUGGGGGCCAUAUCCUGAACUACCUGCUGGAGAAGUCGAGGGUGGUGCAUCAGAACCAUGGGGAGAGAAACUUCCACAUCUUCUACCAGCUCGUGGAGGGAGGAGAGGACAACCUCCUGCGCCAGCUGGGCCUGGAGAGAGACUGUCGGCAUUACAACUAUCUAACUCAAGUAUGUAAACUCAGUGGCACUGUUUCAAUUAAAUCUAACUCCAUAAAACUUUAAUAACCUACGGCUGCAUUUGCUGUUUCUGGCAGGGGGAGUGUGCCAUUGUGCCAUCUAUUAAUGACAGAAACGACUGGAAAACAGUCAAAAAUGCUCUUCAGAUCAUCAACUUCGAUGAGAUUAACACCAGUGUAAGCUGAAUGCCAUUGCAGAUGCUUUCAUUUCAACCGCCGAGUCCUCCUCUAACCUAAUGUUUUCCUGCUCGACAUUCUUUGCAGCACCUAUUCGGGAUUGUUGCCAGUGUUCUCCACUUGGGGAACGUUCAGUUUGACUCGGACAGUAAAGGCCAUGCCCUUCUGAAAAACAAGCCAGAGCUGCAAUGGGUUUCAGAUGUAAGGAGAAGAAAGACGAGUAGUCCAUGAUUAUCACGUCGAGUUUAAGAGUUAACCUUUUUUGUUUCUUCCUGCAGCUUCUUGGAAUCGAUGCUCAGAGUCUUCAGGAGGGUCUCACAUACAGGAAGAUUGAAGCCAAAAAAGAAAAGGUUCAUACAUGUAAACAUGACCUUUAAUUUCAGUAUAAACUCCCAGUGUAGAGUUUUAUAUUGAUUUUUUAUUUUUGCUACUAUGAAGGUCCUCAGCCCAUUCACCACUGAUCAUGCCAUCUAUGCCAGAGAUGCUCUGGCCAAAGCCAUUUAUGGACAGACCUUCACCUGGCUGGUUAGCAGGAUCAAUGAGUCCAUGGAGAACAAGGUGAAGGAUGAAACAAGUGAGUGACUAAAGACAAAACCUGGAAGGUGAGGAUGAGUUACUGACUACAAACUCUUAUUUUGUGCCAGGAUCCCUCAAGAAAGACCGUGAUAGGUCUUUUGGACAUCUAUGGAUUUGAAGUUUUCUAUGUAAACAGGUAGGCAGAAGUGAUAUCUUAAGUUUUUUAGCUUUUUUGUGAUGAUGAUUUCAAACAAAAUUGUUCGUUGUGUUCUUAGUUUUGAGCAGUUCUGUAUAAACUACUGCAAUGAGAAGCUGCAGCAACUUUUUAUCCAGCUCACACUCAAGUCUGAACAGGAGGAAUACGAAGCGGAGGAUAUUGAGGUAAACUUUUAAUAACUUUACAUUAAAACAACAACAAAUCUAUGGUGGAGUCAGUUAACUUCCAAUGUUAUUGAGUUUUUUUCACCCACUGCCUGUUUUCUUCAGUGGGAGCCGGUUCAAUUCUUCAACAACAAGAUCAUCUGUGAUCUGGUUGAGGAGAAACACAGAGGAAUCAUAUCCAUACUUGUUCGUAUUUAUCGUGACUGAAGAAAAUUGUAGUAUGAUAUAGAAUAUAUUGUAAUAUAAUGCACUUGGGCUGAAUAAUUGUAUUGUAUCUAUGGUAAUCUUGCAGGAUGAGGAGUGUCUCAGGCCAGGAGAUGCCACAGAUCUUACCUUCCUGGAGAGGCUGGAGGACAAGAUGGGAAAUCAUCCUCACUUUGUCACGUGAGUUAAAACUAUACAUAAGACAAAACAUGUUUAGGUGAUUUAACGACGUUUAGCAGCCUUAAAAUACAAAAGAUGACCUGGUAACUGGCACAAAUCACAUCAUCUUUGCUUUAGCUUAUUGUAAAAUGCUUGUGUGGUAAAAGUUUUGGGUCUUUACAAUCAGGAAUUGAAUGUUUGUUUUCAUAAACUGCAAACUACUUCUAAACUUUUCAACAUUAAACUUCAUUUCACUGACAAUCUGCCAGUCUGUGUCUCAUGAGUAAACUCAGAGGGAGAUAGUUGAGACAAAGGAUUAAGCUCGGACUUGGAAAGCCUCUCAGUCUUUACUCCUCUGUCUCUUUUCACCUCUUUGACUGCAGGCACAAACUGGCCGACAAAAUGACGCGCAAGAGUCUCGAGAGGGGAGAUUUCCGUCUCUUACAUUAUGCCGGAGAGGUCACCUACUGUGUUGUGGGUAAAAGAAACCACAAAGUUAGGCCCUGAUUUAUUAACAUCUGAAUAUUUUUAAAAAAUGUUGAAAUGAUAACCAAAUUCUGCGAAAUUUCAGGUUUCCUGGACAAAAACAACGAUCUUUUAUACAGAAACAUUAAAGAUGUAAGUCCACAUAUUUUUGAUUUAGAUUUUUUUCACGGUACAAACCGAUCAUAACAAAAACUUCAUGACCAUAAUUUUACUUUUAUCAUUGCUGUAAAAAAUUCACAUUAAGGUAAAAAGGUAUUGCCUGACUUUCUUACAGCUGAUUUGUCAGUCUAAAAAUGCCAUAGUUAGAGAGUGCUUCUCCACAGUGGAUCCAGACAGCAGGAGAAGACCGGAAACAGUGAGUACUUACAUGUUAGACCCUCCAUAUCUUAAUGCUGUACAAUAUUUGGAGCACAAUAUGUAACUUUAGUUUUUUUGUGUGUGUGUGGCAUUAUAUUUGGCAGACAAAGGGUUGUUUAUUUAUGCAGAAAGAUAUUCCUCAACAACUACUAAUGUCCCCGAAAGCAGGCAACACAUUUUUAUGUAAAAAUACAGCUGACGUAUUACAAACUGGUGCUCAUUAUCCCCAAACAAUCAAAGAUUUAUUUAAAAUAACAUGUAAAGCUUUGAAAGAAGAACUGUAAUGCAUAUAGAUAUAAGUGAAACAGAUUUUAUAACGUCUUUUGGUGUAUUUCUCUGAGGAACAGAACAGCAUGGUGCACAGUGAUGAUAAUUGAGAUGAAGAUUGACCCCUGAGACUGUCAGUGGCAGUCUGACUGUGUCGUCUUUAGACCAUAUGUAAGUGACAGAUGAACUGUUGGGGAUUAUGAUCUUCAUGUUUUGUCUGUAGGUGGCGACCCAGUUUAAGAGCAGCCUGCUGAAGCUGACAGAGGUCCUCAUGGCUAAAGAUGCCUGGUACAUCCGCUGUCUGAAAUCAAACGAGUCAAAGCAGCCAGGUGAUCACAUCAACAGAGGGUUCUAUAAGCUAUUUUAACACCAGUAUGGAAAUUUGAUCAUUGUAUGUUUCACACAAACUCAGGCCAAUUUGAUGAAGCACUGAUCAGGCACCAGGUGAAGUAUCUAGGCCUUAUGGAGCACCUAAGAGUCAGACGAGCAGGUUUUGCUUAUAGACGAAAAUAUGAAGACUUUUUAAAGAGGUAUGAAGGAGCGCAGGGCUCACACAUGUUCUUGAUUUUUCAAUUAAAACUAAAACACCUCGGAUUGAGUGCAGGCUGAGUGGGUUAUUUGCAUCUUGCAGAUAUAAACCCCUAUGCCCUGCCACCUGGCCUCACUGGAGAGGCAUGCCUGCUGAUGGAGUGGAAGUGCUAGUUCAACAUCUGGGCUACUUUCCAGAUGAAUACAAAAUGGGACGGUGAGCACAGCACCCUCUAGAUUUAAGAAAACAAAAACCGUCUUCACUAGGAGAAACCAAUCAUUUUUCCUCUUAUUGUUUAAGGACCAAAAUAUUCAUCCGUCACCCAAGGACACUUUAUGCCACAGAGGAUGCUUUUGAGAAAUGUAAACAUGACCUGGGUGAGUACAAAUCCACAGUUUCUCAUUGACAGUUUUUGUAGCUUGGCACUGAUUUCCCAUCAUGCUCUGAAUCUGCAGCAACAAGGCUACAGGCCAAAUACAAGGGUUACAGAGCAAAAGGAGAGUUCAAAAGACAAAAAGAAGCUGGUAAAUAUCACUACACAUGAUGCGGACAUGACUCGUUAUACUGUUUUGCUCUUUGAGUGUAAGGGAGAACCAUGUUUGUUUACAUCCUAAGCCACUAAGAUUGAGACUUGCUGGAGAGGAGUGCAGGCGAGGAAGGAGAAAGAGAAGAGAGCCUGGGCUGUCAAAGUCAUCAAAAAGUAAGAAUAUCAGAAAAGGGCUCCCCCAUAGUCACCAUGAUAGUGUCAUGUCACUAAUACCAAGUUAUUAUUAUCAUCAACUGUAGAUUUAUCAAAGGUUACAUGACCAGAGGACAAGCCAAAACCACAGAUAACUCAGAGUACCUGGCCUUUGUGAGACAAAGUUACCUGAACAGACUCAAAGACAAUCUGCCAAAAACUGUUUUGGAUAAGACAACCUGGCUAAAGCCUGCUGCUGUGCUCGAAGAGGUACAAAAACAAAACAAAAAAAACAAACAAACAAAAAAAAAAAAGACACAGAAUUAACAUCACAUUUGGUUUCAGCGAGUAUUUUAUUUCAACAUAUAUUCUAUUUUAUUGCUCUUGUCAGACAUCAGAAAUCCUGCGUAAGCUUCACUACCGUCUCAUGGUGCGGAAGUAUGUGAGAGGAAUAACACCCCAGAGAAAAGCGCAGGUAAACCCAAUGAAAGUCAAGUAUUAUAGGAGUGUCUGUUAUUGCAUAUUUUGAAGAAGUGAUAAACUCUUUAUUUUUCUGCCCUUCAGAUGCAACUGAAGCUUGUAACCAGCUCCAUCUUCAAGGGCAAAAAGGAGAGUUAUCCACAGAGUGUGGCUAUACCUUUUCUAGACACCAGGAUCAGUAGGUUUUACAUAAAUACACUCACAUGCCCACUGUGUAUUUUGGAAUCAUCAUUAAUAUUAUCAAAUACUUACAGGUGAACAAGAAAUCAACCCAAGGGUUCUCCAGAUGAUUCGCAAUGAGCAGAUCAAGGUAUUUAAGUAUCCUUGCAUUCCCAAAAUGUAAAACCGUUCCACUACACAUCAUUGAGUGUCUCUUUCUUUUAUCUUGUGUUUCUGCAGUACAGUGUUUCAGUCAUUAAGUAUGACAGGAAUGGUUUUAAACCAAGGCCACGGCAACUCAUCCUCACUAAGGCAGCUGCUUAUGUGAUAGAGGAGGCCAAAAUUAAACAGAGAGUUCUGUACACUUCUCUCAAAGGUCUGGACUAUGUGAUACAUUACAUCAGUCAUGCUUGUUAUGUUUUCAUAUUGUGCUAAAAGUGUCUGCCAUCUUAUCAUUGCAGGUAUUUCGGUCAGUACAUUAACCGACACCAUCAUAGUUGUUCACAUAACUUGUGAGGAUCCUAAAGAAAAGGUAUGUAGAAGAUCAGAGGUCUGUACUGUGAUUAAUUAAACAUUUUUGAACCUCUUUUUCAUGUUGAAAUAAGGAAAUAAAAUGGUACAUUCUGUAUAGUUUAUGCUAAAUAAAGGGUUAACUAAUUCUUGUUAUUUAGAUUGAUCUGUCUUUUGAUUUGUGUUUGUUUCAGGGAGACCUCGUAUUACAGUGUGAUCACUUAUUUGAGUUUCUGACUAAACUCAGCGUCAUCGCAAACAAACAGAGUGCAAUCAAAGUGGUUCAGGGCAGGUACGUUUCUUUUUUUUUACUGAACAACAAAUGCGAAUUGAUUCUCUAUGUUUUGUUCUCAAACAUUUGUUUGUAUAAAUUUUCAGUAUCAAGAUUGAAAUUCAGGCAGGGAAAGAAAGCGCAGUGGACUUCGGCACUGGACAGGAGCCCAUGGUGUACAAGGCCAAGAAUGGACACCUCAUGGUGGUGAGACGGGUGUUAUGAUGGUGAUGAAGAGUGUGUUCACUGAAUGAAUGCGCAGAACACGAUUCAAGCUUUUUGUCCUUGCAGGUUGCCACUCGGGCUAGGACACGGUAA